GAGAUGCUGCCAACUGCCGUUCUGCUGGUCUUGGCAGUGUCUGUGGUCGCUAGAGAUAACACCACGUGUGAUGGCCCCUGCGGGCUACGGUUCAGGCAGAACCCGCAAGGGGGCAUGCGUAUCAUCGGUGGGCAGCCCGCAGCGCUCGGGGCCUGGCCCUGGAUGGUCAGCCUCCAGGUCCUCACGUACCACGACAAUCGGCGGUAUCACGUGUGCGGGGGCACCUUGCUCAACGCCCACUGGCUGCUCACUGCUGCUCACUGCUUCCGGAGCAAAACCAAAGUUACCGACUGGAGGCUGAUUUUCGGAGCAAAGGAAGUCGUGUGGGGAAGCAAUAAGCCAGUGAAGCCGCCUCUGCAGGAGAGAUACGCUGAGAAAAUCAUCAUUCACGAGAAAUACUCCCCGGGCUCAGAGGCAAACGACAUCGCUCUCAUGAAGAUCACCCCUCCUGUUCCCUGUGGGUACUUCAUUGGACCAGGCUGCCUGCCCCAAUUUCGGGCAGGCCCACCCAGAAUUCCCCAGACAUGCUGGGUGGCUGGCUGGGGAUUCUUAAAAGAGAACGUCCCCAGGAUAUCACCUGUACUGCAGGAGGCACGUGUGAACAUCAUCGACCUCGACUUAUGUAACUCGACCAGCUGGUACAAUGGGCGCAUUCGUUCAACCAAUGUGUGCGCAGGGUAUCCUGAAGGCAAGAUUGACACCUGCCAGGGGGACAGCGGCGGGCCUCUCAUGUGCAGAGAGAGCGUGGAAAACAGCUACGUGGUCGUGGGAAUCACAAGCUGGGGGGUAGGCUGUGCCCGAGCUAAGCGCCCCGGAGUCUACACGUCUACCUGGUCCUAUCUGAACUGGAUUGCUUCCAAGAUUGGUUCUAAUGCUUUGCACAUGAUUCAGUUGCCCACCCCUCCCCCUCCUUCUACUCCAGCCCCCCCCACUAAACCCGCCUCCACUCAGCCUUCUAUUCGCCCACCUUGGUACUUCAAACACCCUCCUCGACCACCUCCCUCCCAGAGCCCCACUGCAGUGGCCCGACCCCAACCCGCAGCUCCACCGCUCCCCGCUCCCCCCCCGGCCCCCCCUCCCCCACCGCCACCUUCCACUAAACCUCCCCAAGCACUUUCUUUUGCCAAGCGACUACAGCAGCUCAUAGAGGCCUUGAAGGGGCAGGCCUUUUUUGACAGAAAGUGCACUUAUGAAAUGGAGACCACAGACAUCCCAGAGCAGCCUGCCUCCUUCUGA